GUCUGCGCUUCACUCAGCCUCGAGCGAGCGCACUGAGCAAGCCGAACAAAAUCCCGACUAGACUCGCGAGAGCUGGCGAGAACAAACAGAAACCCCGGCUUUCACAAAGCUCCGAAGGCGCAACGUGGAAGAAAGCAAGCUGCCGCGAUGGCGACUUACACGAGGUCAGACAGCUGCCGUGUGUGUCCUUCUGCGCGCGGGAACCGCUUCGACACGGCGCGCCGCAAGCGCGCGGCCCCCAACAUCUUCGAGCACGUGAGCGAGGACGCGCUCGCGCGCCUCUUCCGCAAGGCGGGCGACGCGAAGGCCGAGGAGCGCGUGCGGAGCAUCUUCUCGUGCGCCAACGACCCGGACGAGACGGCGCGCGCCCUGAUGGCGCUCAAGCAGCGGAAGAAGGACAAGUUCCUGCAGAUCGCGCGCACGCUCCGCGGCCUGCUGAAGCUGCGCUGAGGAUUCACUUCUCGCGGCUCCGGUAGAAGAGUCGCAGAUGAGUGACAGCAGCUCGAGAGACGAGCGGGGAGCCGACUCAGAGUCGACACUGCGCGCGGAUGCUCAGGGACACCGACGAGAAACUUCCACGUGCCAGAGACAGAGAGAGAGAGAGAGAGACGCUCACGAGCCGGCGGGGAAAGUCUCACAGGGCCGCGUAUGGCAAGCCGAAGGGUCCAAACACGCCACAAAUGGACGCUUUUUAACGGCUGCUGAAGUCAAGUGCCGGUGCCGGUGCCAUGUUGUGGUGAAGCUCACACACACACACACAGCAGCUCUGAGCUGAAGCUCUGCUGCAAUGCACAUCGCAGAGAAACACAUGAAGAAACUUCCAGAACUUUUGCAAAGACUGAUGGACUUCAUGAGCAGUUACAAGCUCCUGUGUUUUAUUUUUAUAUCACUACAAUGCUAUGAUAACUUUUUGAUCAUGCAUUUGCACACAUUUUGUAAUUUCUACAAUAAAUUAUUAACUUUAAAAAAAAAAAA